UGCCCGCUUCCAAGAUGGCGGCGGCGGCGGUGUCUGGUUUGCUCGGCCGGGCGGGCUGGAGGUUCCUGCAGCUGCAGUGCCGGCCCGUGUUCUACCGCAGACCACCUCCGGUGCCACGUGCCUUCCAUGCUUCAGCUGUGCGGCUAAGGCCUGCAGAUGAGCAGAAGCAGCAAAGUCCCCCGCCUUUAUCUGCGCAGCCCUCUGAGACACGAGGAACAGAAGGACCCAACCCAGAGUCUUCUCAUUCACCCCCCAGGUACACAGACCAGGGUGGCGAGGAGGAAGAGGACUAUGAGAGUGAGGAGCAGCUACAGCACCGCAUCUUGACGGCAGCCCUGGAGUUCGUGCCCGCCCACGGGUGGACGGCAGAGGCCAUCGCAGAAGGAGCCAAGUCUCUGGGUCUCUCCAGUGCGGCAGCCAGCAUGUUCGGGAGUGAUGGCAGUGAGCUGAUCCUGCAUUUUGUGACCCAGUGCAAUGCUCGACUCACCCGUCUGCUAGAAGAGGAGCAGAAGCUGGUACAGCUGGGCCGGGCAGAGAAGAGGAAGACAGACCAGUUCCUGAAGGAUGCAGUGGAAACCAGACUGCGAAUGCUGAUCCCGUACAUUGAGCACUGGCCCCGGGCUCUCAGCACCCUCAUGCUCCCUCACAACAUCCCGGCCAGCCUGAACCUGCUCACCAGCAUGGUGGAUGAAAUGUGGCAUUACGCUGGGGACCAGUCCACAGAUUUUAACUGGUACACCCGCCGAGCCGUGCUGGCUGGCAUCUACAACACCACGGAGCUGGUGAUGAUGCAGGACUCCUCCCCAGACUUCGAGGACACUUGGUGCUUCCUGCAAAACCGGAUUAAUGAUGCAAUGAACAUGGGCCAUACUGCCAAGCAGGUAAAGUCCACUGGAGAGGCACUGGUGCAAGGACUCAUGGGUGCAGCUGUGACACUCAAGAACUUGGCAGGUCUAAACCAGCGCCGGUGAGAAAGAAGGGGUGUCAGCUAGAGCGCCCAGAAGAAAACCAGCAGAUAUAUUUAAAGGGCUUUGCAGAGGAUGAUGUGCCAGCCACAUGUAGAAUGUUACUGAGAAAACACUGAAGGACACCUCAGUCACUCCCGCAGCCACCUGGAAACUGCAGAACACUUGAUGAUACGGUUCUGGCCCAGGACUGGGCCACUUCUUCAGUUUCUAAUACCAGGCCAAACCUCCUGAUGCCUUUCUGCAUUGCAGCUGUGUGGAUAAAAAAUUUGGAUCUCAUCCGAGCAUUCAAGCCAUGGAAACAGCACGUCUCCCUCAUGGUCCCACAGGCACCUCGCUCAUAUCUUAAUCGUCCUAGAAAUGCUCUCUGAGGCUUCCACCCCAGGGUCAAGGUUUGAAGCCACCACAAGGUAGCACUUGUCCUUACAGCUGUCUUCCCUCUCUGAUGUCUUGAGAUGCCACACCUGGGAGCCCCUCAGAGAGCUGCCUCACCUGAGACAGGUGCCUGCUGGGCAGUGGUGCUCAGCUUGACCCGAGAUGUGAUCCCAGGCCUGGCGUUGCAUUACACCAGCGUGCAUUGCAGGAUUAUUAGUGAAUUUACAGCCUAUAAAAAUGACAAUAAACAUGUUCGAAGCAGCUUC